GAGUUACUGUUGUCGCAUACUUGCUGAACACGCCGGAUAGGUCAAACGUUCCCUGACAAGAUGUCUCGGUGUUUAAUGUUAAUGAAAUAUGCUGUCGGAAUUUCUCCGCGAAUCAGUUCGAGACUUGUGCUCUCUGGACGAGGAUCUGGAAGUAGAGUUCUGACAGCCACAUUUAAAGCAGAUGGUGGUGAAGUCGGAAAACAUCAUUACCACACAAGACCCCAGUUCUGGGGCUCGGUCCACUCCGGUGUCGCACAGAACCAGCGAUAUUUCAGCACACAGCAGGCCGAGAGUGCGGAAGAGGAGCCUUUGCACACCAUCAUAAGUGAUACAGAGAACGUACAAGGUUCCUUUUCCAAGCAUGAGUUUCAGGCAGAGACGAAGAAACUCCUGGACAUUGUUGCCAGGUCACUGUACUCUGAGAAAGAGGUGUUUAUCCGUGAGCUCAUCUCCAACGGCAGCGAUGCUCUGGAGAAGCUCAGGCACCGUCUGAUCACGGGAGGCGGGGACACUGCUCCCAUGGAGAUCCACUUGCAGACUGAUGCCGCCAAAGGCACCUUUACUAUCCAGGACACAGGGGUCGGGAUGAACCAGGAAGAGCUGGUGGCUAAUCUGGGUACUAUUGCUCGUUCUGGCUCUAAGGCUUUCCUGGACUCUCUGCAGAGUCAGGCAGAGGCCAGCAGCUCCAUCAUUGGCCAGUUUGGGGUUGGUUUCUACUCAGCCUUCAUGGUGGCUGAUAAAGUGGAGGUGUUCUCCCAGUCUGCAGAGCCUGGCACCCCUGCAUAUAAAUGGGCCUCAGAUGGGUCUGGUGUGUUUGAGAUUGCGGAGGCCAGUGGGGUCCGCCAGGGCACCAAGAUCGUCCUGUACCUUAAAGAUGACUGCAAGGAAUUCUCUGCUGAAGACAGGGUCAAAGAGGUGGUCACCAAGUACAGCAACUUUGUUAGUUUUCCCAUAUUCCUGAAUGGACGAAGAUUGAAUACCCUGCAGGCCCUGUGGAUGAUGGAGCCGAAGGAGAUCAGUGAGUGGCAGCACGAGGAGUUCUACCGCUUUGUGGCACAAUCGUACGAUAAGCCUCGCUACACCCUGCACUACCGCGCAGACGCCCCCCUCAACAUCCGCAGUAUCUUCUAUGUACCUGACAUGAAGCCUACCAUGUUUGACGUCAGUCGUGAGAUGGGCUCCAGCGUGGCCCUGUACAGCCGCAAGGUUCUCAUCCAGACCAAAGCCGCCGACAUCCUGCCCAAGUGGCUCCGCUUCCUCCGAGGUGUGGUGGACAGUGAGGAUAUUCCCCUUAAUCUUAGCAGAGAGCUACUUCAGGAGAGUGCCCUCAUCAGGAAACUGCGGGAUGUCCUUCAGCAACGCGUGAUCCGCUUCUUCUUGGACCAGAGCAAGAAGGAGCCAGAGAAGUAUUCCCGCUUCUUCGAGGACUACGGCCUCUUCAUGAGGGAGGGCAUCGUCACCACAGCAGAGCAGGAUGUCAAGGAGGACAUCGCAAAGCUGUUGCGCUUCGAAUCGUCGGCACUGCCGGCAGGCCAGACCACCAGCCUGAUGGAGUAUGGCAGUCGCAUGAAGGCGGGCACCCGCAACAUCUACUACCUGUGUGCCCCCAACCGCCACCUGGCCGAACACUCGCCUUACUUUGAGGCCAUGAAGCAGAAGGACAUGGAGGUCCUCUUCUGCUUUGAGCAGUUUGAUGAGCUGACACUCCUCCACCUGCGAGAGUUUGACAAGAAGAAGGUGAUCUCUGUGGAAACUGACAUUGUGGUGGAUCACUACAAAGAGGAGAAGUUUCAGGAUAGCAAGCCAGCAUCUGAGAGGUUGACAGAUCAGCAAACGGAGGAUCUAAUGGCCUGGAUGAGGAAUACUCUGGGAUCCAGAGUGACUAACAUAAAGAUGACGCCCCGUUUGGACACACACCCGGCCAUGAUCACGGUGCUGGAGAUGGGUGCAGCACGGCACUUCCUGCGCACUCAGCAGCUGGCACGGAGUGCAGAAGAGCGGGCGCAGAUCCUGCAGCCCACGCUGGAGAUCAACGCUGGUCAUGAUCUGAUCAAGAAGCUGCACGCACUGAAAGACUCCAACUCUGAACUGGCACAGCUGCUUCUGGAGCAGAUCUACGACAACGCCAUGAUUGCAGCAGGUCUUAACGACGACCCCAGGCCCAUGAUCUCGCGGCUCAAUGACCUGCUGACCAAAGCCCUGGAGAAGCACUGACCCUUGCCCCUUCCCAAUCAUCCAACAUGUCCUCUGUACCCCCAGUAGGGUUUAAGACUCUUGGCUUACCCCCUUAUCUGUCCGCCCUAAACAAACUAUGCCUUUUUCACACCAUGAAAUGUGAUUGGAACCAGAACCUGUAGUCACUUUGGAGACAAUACAGGAAGGCCUGGAGGUGUGUGUGUGUGUGUGUGUGCCUGCGUGCCUGUGUGCCCGCCCUGAGGUACAGUCAAGAGGACUCCCAGUGGGGAAAGUUGAGUGGAAGCUGAACGCUACCUUUCUUACAUGUUCAUUCAUUAAAUGAAUGUGGGUUUGGUCUGGGAGAGGAACACAGCCAUGAUAUUCCAGUAGGAUGUUGGCACAGAUUAACAUCAAUGUGAGGCAAUGUGAAGAAGUUUGUGUCAAUGUGAAGAAGACCUGGUGUCAAUGAACAGCAAGGAGUGUAGACCCUCAUGUUUUAGUCUAUUUAUGAAGCAUUUUAAAGCAAGAGCACUUCUCCACGAUAAAAGGUUCAAAGCCUCCAUGAAGAUCAGGCAGUUGCAAACAUCCACCAGUAAUAGAGCUUACACAAGCACAUUAAAUGUGAAGGGCAAAAUUCCGCCACAAACAAAAUAAAGUUAAUUCUUCCCAGGCUUCUCUGCUCUUUUAGUCAUACCCCCACAAACAGCUCCUCUGUGAUUAUUCUGGUGUAUAAAAGUUAUGUCAAUUGAAAUGUUUUCAGUAUAAUAUCUUCUGUGUCAUGAUAAAAUAAUUUCAGAAAAAUUCAA